AUAUGAUAACGGAUCUAUACUCUUUUAUUCGUAUAUAGCAGUCAUGUUGCCUGCUUGGUUAUUACAUUGUACAGCUUUUCUGUGUUUACUUGGUUAUUGUAAUGUCUUUGGUGACCGAUUGAAACUAAGAAAAAAUCCGGCACCGGACGGACACAGGUGCGGCAUCUGUCCUACGUACUAUCAGAAAAUAUGCGCAUUCGACUUUACAACUAAUUUAACUUACAUAUUUGACAACCACUGCAUAAUGGAUCUGUAUAACUGUAUCCACGCUACGGAUUUCGAGCAAACCAAUUACGGGGAGUGCCUGUACUUCGGGAAUUUCGCGUACGUGCACGGGCUUAAGUUCGAGGAUGAAGACUACGACGAAGACCACAUUGUGGUCAUGGGCGCCAAUAAAAACCCGCAGUUCGCUUAAUAAAUCCUUUAUUCCAUCAA